CAGCACACAUGGUCCCUCCUCCCUGCGGGGCUCCGCGUCUGUAUCCGGUGGCGAGGUAUUAUACCAUGUUGCAAUAUAAAUUCGGUACUGAUACUACCAGCUCACUUCGCCCGACAUCCAUCGGACGCUCCACAACCCAUUACUCUCAGAGAAAAAGUGAUUUCUGAUCAUAGGUACUUGUGUAUUUGAAGUACCGGCGUACUGAUCCAUUUAUAUGUGUGUGUAGGGUUUCGUAACUAGGUAUACUUUAGCUAAUUAGUACCUCUUAACACAUCGCCACAUGAAUGCUGCUGUGGUCAUCCACCAUGGUCAAACAGUAACUUCUGACCACUGAAUCUGACCAGUUCCUCUCGGGCGUUAUCCAUCAGCAUCAUUUGUAUCUUUCUUGACAAGUCUUGAUUUGGAAUGGAUUCACGCGACUACGAAGUGAAACUGGAGAAAAUGUACGGUGCUUAUGGACGUAUCCCGGACUCUUUACGGGCGUCCGUUCUGGACAACGGACCUUAUGUGGACAAUGGUCAUAAUCCUCGGACAAAUGCGGACUUUAAUCAGCAGAGUAAACCCGAAUUAUUAAAUCACCACUCCAUCGAGGGUAUACUGGCUGGUAAAGGCCGCGGAGGGGACCCUCUGUUACAGCGGCUGGAAGAUAUGGAUCAAGAUAUGAUGGAUAAUAAAGUAAUGAGGAGUUCCGAAGAGAGAGUAAAAUCAGAGCCGAACGGACAAACGAACUGUAAUAAAUCUCCGGAGGACAACAAAGUCAAAUGUAAACAAGAGUCCCCCGAUAUUAACGAUGACGGCGACGAUAAAAAAGACGAUUCCAGUGAAAGUGGCGAUCAAAAAGGGAAAAAGAGGCGAAAUAGAACAACUUUUACCAGCUUCCAAUUAGAGGAAAUGGAACGUGUGUUUCAAAAAACCCACUACCCCGAUGUCUACGCACGUGAACAACUCGCGCUUAGAUGUAACCUGACGGAGGCAAGAGUGCAGGUGUGGUUCCAGAACAGGCGAGCCAAAUGGAGGAAGAGGGAGAGAUAUGGUCAGAUCCAGACUAUGAGGGCGAUGACGACUGGGACUAAUCCUUAUGACAUGCCCCUAGGAGCUAGACACGACGCUUACUCUCAGAUUCAACACAACCCAUGGGCUGGAAACCCCCAGAUUCCGUAUACCAUGCAGAACUCCACGUGUAUGGUGACGCAUUCUAAUGUACCCAACUUCAUGGGUCUUGCACAUCCUGGACAUCUUGCAUCACAUCCGGGUGGCCCGCACCAACCUCCAACCCUGGCCCUGCACGGCGCCCAGUCGCCUCCCCUAGACCCGUGUGAGAAUGGUGAACGGAGGACGAGUAGUAUAGCCUCCCUCCGACUCAAAGCUCAUGAACACAGUGUUGCUAUGGGCAUAUUUAGUGCAUAUGGAAAAUAAACAAAGCGCCACAAGGCAUGGCAAUGUUAUUUUACUGGGUAAACAAACACGAUAAUUUUCCAGUAAUGUAAUUUGGUCAUCUCGAAUGCGUUGGCUUCGAGUGAUUGCUGGCUGGGAAUAUCCCAAGAUUGUCGAAAGGGCUAGCCGACAUGUGGCGUCCACAGCUGUAAAACGGACACUAAAGCAAACGACUGCAAUGGAACUGUGUAAAUAUAUAGUGUGGAGAUAAUAUGAAUUGUGACAGAAAGAAUUACUGAGGAUUACCGUUCUACUGAUGUUUAUAUAGAGAGAAUACCAGCGUGCUAAUACCUAGUGAUGAACGUAAUAACUAGUCGUCCAAAUCAACAUCGCGUGCAUUGUGUCGCGCGCAUGUUUACAUGAGGGAAUGCUUCACGUGCUAGGUGAUGAUAAUGACAGCACAUCUACCUGAGGUGUAAGUUACGACACAGCCCGAUAUACACAUGAAGGGCACGAGCGAAUGGACACGUGCUUAAUUUGUGCGAAGAAUGAGACUCGCAUUGCAUGUAUAUUCCCAUAACUCUUGUUUCACAUAAAAUUAAUUUCAGAAAAAACACAGCAAAUUGUGCAUUUUUUUAAUAAUUCUAGAUAUUUGUAUUUCCGUCAAUUAUGCAACGUGACCGCGUAAAUGAAUACAACUGUAAAAUGUACGUAUAUGAAUUUCAUGUGUAUUAAAGACAUUCAUAGAAUUAUGGAUAACCUAUAAAACUG